CUACAAGAGUUCAUACCGGUGUUGUUUGAAGGCUGCAGAAAAGUGCACUCCCUGUGCGGCCCUGGGACUGUUGAUGUCCUCGGCUGUUGUAGGAGAAACACUAGACCUGGAACCCACUUCCUUACUGGACUUGUGGAAGCGGAAACACAAAGAUUUCCAAAUGAAUAACCGAAAGGAAGAUAUGGAGAUUGCGUCCCACUACCGUCACCUGCUUCGCGAGCUCAACGAGCAGAGGCAGCACGGCAUCCUCUGCGACGUUUGCAUCAUAGUGGAGGGCAAAAUAUUUAAGGCUCACAAAAACGUGCUGCUCGGGAGCAGUCGCUACUUCAAAACGUUGUACUGCCAGGUGCAGAAAACGUCCGACCAGGCCACGGUCACUCAUUUAGACAUCGUAACUGCGCAGGGCUUCAAAGCAAUCAUUGACUUCAUGUACUCGGCACACCUCGCGCUGACCAGCAGGAACGUCAUCGAGGUGAUGUCGGCUGCCAGCUAUCUGCAGAUGACAGAUAUUGUACAAGCCUGCCACAAUUUCAUAAAAGCGGCUCUUGAUAUAAGUAUAAAGUCUGAUGCCUCGGAUGACCUUGUUGAUUAUGAGCUUGGAGCUCCUUCUAGCAGUAGUACGGAUGCUUUGAUCUCAGCAGUGGUGGCUGGGAGGAGUAUAUCCCCCUGGCUAGCGCGGCGCACGAGUCCGGCCAACUCCUCUGGAGACUCUGCCAUUGCCAGCUGCCACGAAGGAGGGAGCAGUUAUGGAAAAGAGGAUCCGGAACCAAAAACAGACAGCCACGAAGACGUUUCAUCCCAGUCUCUUUGGUCUAGCGACAUGGGCUAUGGGUCUUUACGUAUCAAAGAGGAGCAGGUUUCGCCGUCGCAUUACGGAGGGAGCGAGUUGCCUUCUGCCAAGGAUAGUGCAAUACAGACCGCGUUCUCGGAGCAGGGUGUCGGGGACGGCUGGCAGCCCACGGGGCGCAGAAAGAACAGGAAAAAUAAAGAAACUGUGCGUCAUAUCACGCAGCAAGUGGAGGAUGACAGCAGGGCAAGUUCUCCAAUGCCGUCUUUUUUACCUGCCUCAGGAUGGCCGUACAGCAGUCGAGACACGAGUGCCGACGUGGCCGUGGCCGAGCCCAGCAGCUCGGACAGCCGCGGGGAGCGCUCGGAGCCCUACGGCGCCGCGGACGAGGCACUGCUGCCCGGGGAAGACUCCUACCUGUCGCUGCAGGCCGCCGCCGUCGCCAACCUGCGCGCCGCGCUCAUGAGUAAGAACAGUUUGCUGUCUCUGAAAGCCGACGUGCUGGGAGAGGAUAGUUCCCUGCUCUUUGAGUACUUGCCCAAAGGCACGCAUUCCUUAUCCCUCAACGAGUUCACAGUGAUCAGGAAGAAGUUCAAGUGCCCCUACUGCAGCUUCUCAGCCAUGCACCAGUGUAUCCUGAAGAGACACAUGCGAUCCCACACGGGAGAAAGGCCCUAUCCGUGCGAAAUCUGCGGGAAGAAGUUCACGCGCCGCGAGCACAUGAAGCGGCACACGCUGGUCCACAGCAAAGACAAGAAAUACGUGUGCAAGGUUUGCAAUCGCGUGUUCAUGUCCGCGGCCAGCGUGGGCAUCAAGCACGGCUCCCGGCGCCACGGCGUCUGCGCCGACUGCGCCGGCCGCGGCAUGGCCGCCCACCUGGAUCACAACGGCGGCGACGGCUCUCCCGACGAGCUCUACCCCGGCGAGGGCCAGUACAUGGAAGACCCGGAUGACAUCAAAGUGGAAGGAGACGAAGAGAUGGGAGAUGACGAUGACAUAAAGUGGAAAGACGACGUGGGGAUAUCACAAGACGACGUGAUUUUAGAUGACGACAAAGAUGUCGACUCUCCGCAGGAGCAGGAGAACUCUGGGGAGAACGACAAGGAUUUUACCUGGAUUUCUUAGGGAUUUUUUGUUCUGUUUUGUUUGGAUGUUUGUAGGGGAAAGGGAGGGCGGGGGAGGAAGGAGUAUGUUGGAAAAAAACUAAGUAGCCUUGUUGUCGUCCAUGUGUGCAAAAUAAUUUUUGUGUUUUCUAAACAAGUCCUUAUCUGCACCA